UAUCAAGAGCAGUCAGUGCAAGGCUUACUACAGGACACAAAAAAGAUGAAGAUGGGAGGAACCUGGCUGAGUCUACCAGUUGUACAGCACUUGCUGGCUUUGGGACACAAGCACUGUUCAAGCAAAUGGAGAAACCUGAUGGAUUUCAGAAAAUUCAAGCUCUUUCUUUGCCUUCUAGGGCUCACCUUUGCUAGCUUCUGUGUUUUUUACCACAAUUUGACCGAAUCUUGUAUAUUCUGUGGAAACAGCCAAGAUUACAUAUUCUCCAAUGAGACUUUUAGGAGAAUUGGAGGAAACUUCUCGCAGCUCCCGGAUAUAGACUGCCACAUCAACCCUCCUUUCCUUGUUGUGCUUGUGGCAUCCUCACACCACCACGUUGAUGCCAGGAUGGCCAUCAGGCAAACCUGGGGGAAGGAGAGGACAGUUGCCGGCAAGCGCCUGGUGACAUAUUUCCUCCUGGGAAGCACUGAGGACAUCAGCCAGCAGGCUGAGAUUGCUGCUGAAAGCCAAAAGUACAAAGACAUUAUUCAAAAGAAUUUUACAGACACAUACUACAAUUUGACUUUGAAGACCAUGAUGGGAAUUGAAUGGAUUCACAGAUUUUGUUACCAGUCCAGUUUUAUAAUGAAAACUGACACGGAUGUGUUUGUUAAUGUUUUUUACCUCACUGAGCUGCUUCUGAGGAAAAAGAGGACCACUAGGUUAUUCACAGGCUUUUUAAAACUACGGGAGAACCCCAUACGGAAAAGAGAGAGUAAGUGGUACGUGAGUAGAGAAGAGUAUCCAGGAAAGACCUACCCUCCUUUUUGUUCUGGGACUGGCUAUGUUUUAUCCACUGAUGUUGCUAGUCAGAUUUAUAAUGUUUCAGAGAGUGUUCCAUUCAUUAAACUGGAGGAUGUAUUCAUAGGACUGUGCCUUGCCAAAUUAAAAAUUCAGCUGGAGGAGCUUCAUUCAGAGCAGACCUUUUUUCCAGAAAGAAUUAGGUUCCCUCUUGCUCGCAUUAAGAAAAUCGUGAUGUGCCAUGAAGUAGAACCAUCUGAGCAGCUGAACUACUGGAAUCACUUAGUGACAGAAAAUCAGGGAGAAGUGCUCUAGCACCUUCCCUGCUCAAAUUAACAAACUGAAAUGCUCCACAUUUACAGGGUUGCUCUUAACUCUAGCAAAAUUCCCAAUUAACUCUAAAUCCAUCAUGUUAAAUAGUUUUUAAUGCUUAUUUUAAUCUUCAUUUCUGCCCAAAACCAUGCAAAUCUCUUUCUCUCCAGCUCCCUCCCACCUGUUUGCCUCCCUUCUCUACAAAAGUUACGAGUAUUCUUUUCUGAAAGAUGUAGGACUUGCUCUCCAAACUGCUACAGGACUGCAGUGCCAAACUAAAAGUCAAAGUACUUCUGUUCAGGAAAGAAAAUUUGCACCCUCUUUCUGGUCCUCCUUGAUAGAUCACUGCAUUUGCAUCCAUCUGUGCAGGCAUUUCAGAAAAGGUGUUUGUAGCUGUCAGGACCUUCCUCUCCUGGCAUAGGGAAGCACAGCCCUGCCCUAGCAGCCACCUCCAUGUGGGAAGAACUGCGUACUGGCACAGAUCCCUCCUUCAGUCUAGACCAAUUUUUUUGUAGAUACGGAGGAAUCUGCCCAUACAGCACUCUUGGAACACCCUUAGGUACCGCAGGUCAUCUGGUGGAUGUGUAAUGUUACAGCAUCUGUCUCGCUAUUUGUGCCUCCUGCUGAAAAUAUUUUGUGCUAGGGCCAGAUCCAUGCUCAGUGGAGAGUGUCCUGGUUUUUUUAUUAAAAUAGACUCCAGAGACAUCUUUUACAUUUAUGUCUCACUCUGGUUGCUAGAAAGCCACUGUAAAUGGUUUGCAAAGCCUAAGCUAAACUUACCCAGAUAAACGGUACAUCUGAUUUAGACAUUUUUCCCUGCAAGGAGCUAUUACCUGUGCAAGGGAGAAGUCAGUGGCUUUUUUUUUUAACAAGACCCAGUGGGAAAACUCAGGCUAGGAGCCUCAUUUCUUAUUUCAUUGCCAAUCAAAGACUCAUGAAAUCCCUGAGAUUAUUUGUAAGUGUCAGAGAUAUGGAAUUGAGUCUUUACAGUAGAUGCUGUGAAAAAUACACUUGGGAUAUGGGAAGGGAGAAGGUUCAUAAAAUCACGCCUUAUUCAAUACUCCUACUUGAUUUAUUCUAGUCAGAUAAAAGGUCAGUUUUACAAGCAAAGAAGUAUUGAAUGCCUGUACUAUGUACAAAAGGUUUUUUUCCAGAGAGAAGAAAAGGUGUAGCUGCUCCCUAGGGAAAGCUGAGCCACGAGCUGAGGGGAUCCAACAUCCAGCGGGGCUCAGCCUCACAUACCCACGUGAGGAAGGAGGACAGACCCACAGAUAGUGUCCAGGUCCAGCCAAGAGUGAUAAGGCAUUAUUAUGUUGAUAGGCAGGUGUGAGGUCAAGCCAGUGAUAGCCAGGCCCUGGUGAUGACAGGUGGGUUCAGGAUAAGGCCAAUUGAGGGGAACCAUGGCCAGAUACUAUGUGGGAAUAGCAAGGCAGGUCCUUGGGGAUGGGGCUGUAUACUGAAUGUGAUAAAAAA